AAAAACUAUUCUGAAACUUGAAGGAAACUCCCCGAGUCCAUCCUCAGGCGAAGAAAAUGGGAAACUUCCUAGUCAAAUCCCUUACAAUGGCCCAGGCCAUAAAAGCAAAUGACAUUUCUCUCGUUUGCACACUUGACUCUUCCGCUUCCAAAACAGAAGCUUUCUCCUGCUUCCUUUCAUUUCAUUGCCGAAGAGUCAACCCCAGCUGAAGGUUCGCUCGAAAGGAAUUGAGAGAAGAUGGACUCACGAUCAAAAUAUUCAGAUAUGCUACUCUCUUGGGGAUCAUGGCUCUUGCGGCCGUUUUGGUCCCUGGUGAGUCGUCGGCAUUCUUCCCACCACCUGGGUCCGUUGGCCCAGGGGGGAAGCACAGCUUCCAGUUCCACCACAGUCUUUUCCAACGGAGCACGACGCUACAAAUACGACGUGUUCAUCAGUUUCAGAGGUUCUGACACUCGCAACACCUUUGUGGAUCAUCUUUACGCCCAUCUCGUCCGAAAAGGCAUUUUCGUCUUCAAGGAUGACAAGAAGCUCCAGAAAGGAGAGUCCAUUUCAGCUCAGCUUCUACAAGCAAUUCGAAAUUCACGAGUUUCUAUUGUUGUUUUCUCGAAAAAUUAUGCUGAGUCAAGGUGGUGUUUGGAUGAAAUGGCUGCUAUUGCUGAAUGCUGUGAAGAUUUUAAGCAAACUGUUUUCCCUGUUUUCUAUGAUGUGGAUCCUUCUCCUGUAAGAAACCAGAAUGGGGUGUAUGAAAAUGCCUUUGUUUUCCACAUGCUGAGAUUCAAACAUGAUGCAGACAGGGUUGAUCGAUGGAAGAGAGCUAUGAGAAGUUUGGCUGGAUCAGCAGGUUGGGAUGUCAGGAAUAAGCCAGAAUUUCGAGAGAUUGAAAAUAUUGUUGAGGCAGUUAUAGAAGCAUUGGGUCGUAAAUUUUCAGGGUUUGCGGAUGACCUUAUCGGCAUACAACCUCGUGUAGAAACUUUGGAAAACCUAUUAAAAUUAAACUCGGAGUAUUAUGACUGUCAAGUUAUAGGAAUUUGGGGGAUGGGUGGAAUAGGAAAGACAACUCUUGCUACUGUCUUGUAUGAUAGAAUCUCUCAUCUGUUUGAAGCUCGCUGUUUUGUUGAGAAUGUAAGCAAAGUUUAUAGAGAUGGUGGUGUUACUGCUGUACAGAAACAAGUUCUUCGUCAAACUGUAGACGAAAUGAAUCUCGAGACAUACAGUCCUUCUGAAAUAUCUGGAAUUGUAAGAGACAGGCUACGCAGCUUAAAGGUUCUAGUAGUUCUUGACAAUGUUGAUCAAUUAGUGCAAUUGCAGGAAUUUGCUGUAAAUCCUGGAUUAUUUCAGAAAGGAAGUAGAAUGAUCAUUACAACCAGGGAUGAGCAUAUUCUAAAGGUAUAUGGAGCGCAUAUAGUGUAUGAGGUUCCACUGAUGAAUAAUAAUGACGCUCGUGAGCUUUUUUAUAGAAAAGGCUUCAAAAGUGAUAAUCUCUCAAGCAGAUGUGCGGAGCUGGUUCCUGAAGUACUUAAAUAUGCUCAAGGUCUUCCAUUGGCAAUUAGAGUAACAGGCUCUUUCUUGUGUACUCGAAAUGCUAUGCAAUGGAGAGAUGCUUUGGAUAGACUGAAGAAUAAUCCAGACAACAAAGUUAUGGAUGUGCUUCAGAUAAGUUUUGAGGGAUUACAUUCAGAGGACAAAGAAAUAUUUCUACAUAUUGCUUGUUUCUUUAAAGGGGAGAAGGAAAAUUAUGUUAAACGAAUACUGGAUGCUUGUGGAUUACACCCUCACAUUGGAAUUCAAAAUAUGAUUGAGAGAUCACUCAUAACUAUUAGAAACCAGGAAAUUCAUAUGCACGAAAUGGUACAAGAUUUGGGGAAGAAAAUUGUUCGGCAACAAUUUCCCGAAGAACCAGGAUCGUGGAGUAGAUUGUGGCUUUAUCAGCAUUUUCAUCAUGUCUUGAUGUCAGAAAUGGGAACGAACAAGGUUAAAGCCAUAGUUCUAGAUCAAAAUGAGGAUAUUUCCGAGUACCCUCAGUUGAGGGCUGAAGGAUUGUCAAUAAUGAGGGGCCUUAUAAUUCUUAUAUUACAUCAUCAGAACUUUUCAGGAAGCCUCCAUUUUCUUUCUAACAACUUGCAGUAUCUUCUGUGGCAUGGUUAUCCUUUUGCUUCUUUGCCUUCAAACUUUGAGCCAUUUCGUCUUGUUGAAUUGAAUAUGCCUUAUAGUAGCAUCCAACGACUAUGGGAAGGCCGCAAGGAUCUCCCAUUUUUGAAAAGGAUGGAUCUGAGCAACUCCAAGUAUCUCACGGAGACCCCCAAUUUUGAAGGAAGCAGAAGACUUGAGAGGCUAGAUCUUACAGGAUGCACAAACCUAUUGCAGGUCCAUCCAUCAAUUGGACUUCUUACAAAACUUGCUUUCUUGAGUUUUGAAAGCUGUAGCAGUCUGGCCAGCCUGGACCUUGGCAGUCUUUGUGUGUUAUAUUCUCUAGCUGUUCUACACCUCUCCGGCUGCACAAAACUUGAAAGCACACCUAAUUUUACAGGGGUCGAAAAUCUUGAAUACCUUGAUAUUGAUCAAUGUGUGAGUUUAUCCACAGUUGAUCAAUCUAUUGGUGUUCUUACAAGGCUAGAAUUCUUGAGUUUGAGAGACUGCUUAAAUCUUACCAAUAUACCUCUAAGUGUUAAUAAUAUGGAAUCUCUUCUAACUCUAGAUUUUUGCGGCUGCUUAAAACUUAAGCAUCUGCCCCUGGGAUUGCCAUCAUUGUCUCCUUUCACUCUGCAAUCUUUGAUAUUUUUAGACUUCGGCUUUUGCAGCCUGAGUGAGGUCCCUCAUGCUCUUGGAGAAAUUGAGUGUUUAGAAAGGCUAAAUCUGGAGGGAAAUAACUUCGUCUCACUUCCAUCUUCCCUGAGGUGGCUUUCCAGUCUUGCUUAUUUAAACUUAGCGCAUUGCAGCAAGCUUGAAUUUUUAUCUGAGCUCCAAUUGUGUGACAUUGCCUCAGAAGGGGGAAGAUAUUUUAGAACACUAUCCGGAUCUCAUAAUCAUAGGUCAGGAUUAUAUAUUUUCAACUGUCCCACCUUAGCGAUUACAGGUCUAAACUUAGCACUUUUGUGGUUAGAAAGGCUAGUUAAGAAUCCUUGUCACUUCCGUUGUGGCUUUGACAUUGUUGUUCCUGCGAACAGAAUUCCACUGUGGUGUGCUGAUAAAUAUAAGAGAGGUUUUAGAGUAGGGAAAGUGGGCAAUGUUGAUGAGCCUGACAAUUGGCUUGGCUUUGCCUUCUGUGUAGCAUUUAAGGAAAACUAUUUUGGAACAGUGGCUAGUUGUUCAAAUGAUUCAUCUUACUCGCAGCUGCGAUGUCCUUUGUAUCUUUCUUUUGAAAGUGAACACACGGAAGAAACCUUCGACAUGCCACUUCGGUUCGACCUGAACAAAGCUGAUGACUCAAAUUCAUCACACCUCUGGGUAAUAUAUAUUUCUAGGCCACACUGCCAUUUUGUGAAAACAGGAGCACAUGUCACAUUUAAAGCUCACCCAGGUUUGGAGAUAAUAGAAUGGGGGUUUAGCAUGGUAUUGGAGAAUUGUAUCUUCCAUUCACCAAUUGAAUUUGAAGUUCAUUAUCCCUUGGAUUAUGUACAUGAAAGUAGCAGCAGCAGCUCUGGGUCUAAAAUCCAGAUUCCUCUCAAUUGGUUACCUAGUGAAAGCAGCAGCAGCAGCUCUGGGUCUAAAUUCCAUGUUCCCUAUAAUUGGUAUGUUACUGAGGAAGAGGAGAGCGAGAAUUUGGAAGUGAGUGCGGAAAAAAAAACAUCUACUAUCAAAUAUGGGAUUUAGAUUGGCUACCCCCUUGCAAGCACUAGCAUUUUCCUAGAGAUGGCCCAAGAGUUAAGAAUGGAAAAUUUGUGAUAACAGCUCCAAAAUGACUGGAUGCAGAUUCCUCUGCUUAUUGGCAACUGAUUAUUCUGGCAUUGAAUAGAAGGAAAAUAAGUUAUUUGAUCUGAUUAUUCCAGUAUGUAGACCUUGCUUUUGCUUUUGGAGAGCCCAUUUCAUUGCAGCUUCUACAAGCUAUUAAAGAUUCAUAGGUUUCUAUCGCUGUCUUCUCAAAAGAUUAUGCUGCCUUUACAGGUUGUUUGGAUGACAUGGCUUCUAUUGCUGAACGCCAUGAAGAAUUCAAAAUCAGAAUGAGAGAGCUAUGAGGGCUUUGGCUGGAUCAGCUGAAUAAGCCAGAGUUUGCAGAGAUUGAAAAAAUGUUCAAGCAAGGAUCAAAACAUUGGGUCAUAAAUUCUCAAGAUUUAGUAAUGGUCUAGUUGGGAUACAGCCCCACAUUGAAGAAAUAUAAAAUCUUUUAAAAUUGAGCUAAGAGGAUGAAGAUUUUCGAGUUUUAGGAAUUUGGAGGACGGGCGGAAUAGGAAAGACAACUCAUACAAUUAAAGUCCUUCUAUUUAGGAGAAAUUCCUGUAUAGAGCGGGAAGGGAAGUUUUGAUUAAGUCGGUGACUAAAGCAAUCCCAACUUACAUCAUGUCUUGCUUUGCUCUUCCUGAUUCUAUUUGUUCUCAGAUUGAAGGCAUGGUUGGUAAGUUUUAUUGGAGUGGUGAUGUGUCUCGGAGGAGUAUUCAUUGGCUUGGAUGGAAAAAGCUUUGCCGGUCAAAGAGUGUUGGAGGUCUUGGUUUCCGAGACUUUAAAGCUUUUAAUAUGGCUCUUAAUGGUAAAAACUGGUGGAGAUUCUUGACUCUUUCCUAGUCCUUACUUAGUCGAGUUUUCAAGGUGGCGUAUUUUUCUAAUGGUGGUCUUUGUGGGGCAAAGAAUGGCGUUAUCAUCGGAGCUAUGCUUGGUCUAGCAUCCUUCGGUCAGCUUGGGUGUUUGUGAAGGGAGGUUUGUGGCGAAGUGGUGAUGGGUCUAGUAUUCGGAUUUAGGACGAUAGAUGGCUUCCCAAUAGUCCCCCAAUUAUCCUUCGCCAAGACUUGGCUAAUGAGGCCGGUAUUCACACAGUUUCAGAUUUGAUCUCUCAUGCAUUGUCCUAUUGGGAUGGUGCAGUGAUUUCGCAUAUCUUCUGUCCAGCAACGACAGGUCAGAUUCUGGCUAUUCUAUUACCUAUACCGCGUCUUGCUGAUGAGUUCCAUUGGCCUCAUAAUUCAAAUAGUGUUUAUUCGUCAAAGUCUAGGUACAAUAUUUUUAUCAGCAAGUUUUCACCUCCUUGGCGUCCUCCUCAUCUGGUGCAUCUUUUCCAGCCGCUGCAUGGAAAAGGAUCUAGGGUUCUAAGUUUCAAUAGAAUUAGCUAACAUAAUUAAAUGCCAGCAUCCUGCAUUUAUUUACUGCUGUGAUUCUGUAAUUCUAUCAUUAUUGUAGAGCUGUAAUUAUGUAAUUCUGUAAGUAGAAUAGGCUAGCUGUAGGAUAGCAGUUAUAGCAAUUUAGCAGAUUUUCAGGGAUUGUAUUAUGCUAUUUAUAUCAGAAUCCUCCAGCAGGAGAAUACACAGUUCAAAGUUCAAACCUAUGUUCUUUUCAGAGUCUAACAUGGUAUCAGUCUUGGUUCUGAUCCUAUCAUAGUUUCGCUGAAAAUUCCUUGUUCCAAUCGUAGUCUUGGUUCUCUUGGUCAAGUCCAAUUUCCUUUUGUUCCUUGUUUAGACUUCAAUCUUUGUGAUUGUUCUCUUGUGUCAGUCUCAUGGCUUCAGAAAAAUAUGAUAUCUUACUUGUUCGUCUCAAUGGAAGGAAUAACUACUCAACCUGGGCAUUUCAGUUCGAAAUAUUUGUCAAAGGUAAGGACCUUUGGGGUCUUGUUGACCGCAACACCCCAGCUCCCGAUAAGGACAAAUUUAAGACUGAACAUGCCAAGUGGGAGGUCAAAGAUGCUCAAGUCAAGGCAUGGAUCAUCAGCUCUAUUGAUCCCAACAUCGUUCUCACUCUUCGACCAUGCAAGACUGCUGCUAAUAUGUGAGACUUCCUAAAGAAAAUCUAUACUUAGAAUAACGCUGCUCGUAGAUUCCAACUUGAGCAUGAAAUCUCAAUUUCUCAGCAUGAAAGUCUAUGUUCCUAUUCCUUCUUCCUAUAAACAAGCAAUGGAGCAUGCAUGUUGGCAAAAAGCUAUUGAAGCAGAACUUCUAGCACUAGAAAAAAAUCAGAUAUGGGAAGUUGUUCCAUGUCCCCCGUCUGUUAAACCUCUUGGCAGCAAAUUUGUAUUCACUAUUAAGUUGCGCUCGGAUGAAUCCAUAGAUCGCUACAAGGCUAGGCUGGUUGUUCUUGGAAAUAGGCAGAAAUAUGGUCUUGACUAUGAGGAGACUUUUGCACCAGUAGCCAAGAUGACUACUGUGCGUAAUCUUAUUGCCAUUGCUGCAUCUGAAAAUUGGCAACUACAUCAGAUGGAUGUCAAGAACUCAUUCCUCCAUGGUGACCUCAAGGAGGAAGUAUACAUCAAACUUCCGACAGGUAUGCCUACCCAAUCACCUAAUGAUGUUUACAAACUGAAGCGUUCUUUAUAUGGUUUGAAACAGGCACCAAGGGUAUGGUUUGAAAAGUUUCGAACAACACUACUUGUCUUUUCCUUCACACAAAGUCAGUAUGAUCCAUCACUUUUUCUACAAAGGACUUCUAACAGAAUUGUGGUACUACUUAUUUACGUGGACGACAUCGUGGUCACCGGUUCUGAUCAAGAGGUUUUCUCUACGGUCAAGAAAUUGCUGCAUUCAACAUUCCAUAUGAAAGAUCUUGGUCAGCUUACUUACUUCUUGGAGUUAGAAGUCCAUUAUCGACAACAAGGCAUCUUCAUAAGUCAGCACAAAUAUAUUCAAGAUCUAAUUCAGCUAGCUGGUCUUACCAAUGCCACUACUAUUGAUACCCCCAUGAAAGUUAAUGUAAAAUAUAGACGAGAUGAAGGUGAACUUCUACAAGACCCAACUUUAUACUUUCAGUUGGUCGGUAGUCUUAUAUACCUAACCAUCACACGGCCUGAUGUCUCUUUCGCUGUCCACACAGUAAGCAAAUUCAUGCAAACUCCUCGACAUCUCCAUCUUUAUGUUGUACACCACAUUAUUAGAUAUCUCCUUGGUACCCCCGAUCGUGGCUUAUUUUUUACUUCUGGUUCAUCACCACAACUCCAAGCCUACAGUGAUGCUGAUUGGGCUGGAUGUCCAAACACAAGGAAAUCUACUAUUGUUGGUGUAUGUUUAUAGGAAAUGCUCCAAUCUCAUGGAAAUGCAAGAAACAAGACUCGGUCUCCAAGUCAUCCACUGAGGCAGAAUAUCGUGCCAUGUCUGCAACAUGCUCUGAGAUUAUUUGGUUGUGUGGUCUUCUUUCGGAACUCGGUUUCACACAAUCACAACCAACUUCGUUACAUGCUGACAACACGAGUGCCAUACAAAUUGCAGCAAACUCUGUUUACCAUGAGCGAACGAAGCACAUAGAGGUUGAUUGUCAUUCCAUCCGAGAAGCCUAUAACCGCAGAGUUAUCACUCUACCUCAUGUCUCCACAUCUGUUCAAAUUGCUAACAUCUUCACCAAAUCAUUGACACGUCAGCUCCAUAAUUUCCUAGUUAGCAAAUUGAUGCUUGUAGAUUCACCAGCAUCAAUUUGAGGGGGGGUAUCAAUAGAAUUACCUGGCAGAAUUAACUGUCAGCAUCCUGCAUUUACUUACAGCUGUAAUUCUAUCAUUAUUGUAGAGCUAUAAUUAUGUAAUUAGAAUAGGCUAGCUGUAGGAUAGCAGUUAUAGCAAUUUAGCAGAUUUUCAGGGAUUGUAUUAUGCUAUUUAUAUCAGAAUCCUCCAGUGGGAGAAUACACAGUUCAAAGUUCAAA